AUGUCCGAGUCAGCAGCGGCGCUCGCUCGUGUUGUGGCGGAGGUCGAGCGGUGGACGGCCCAAGCAGCAAAACCAGCCGCGCGAUUGCGGGCGGCGAAAGCAGCGCCACAACACACAGCCGCGGCGUCCACCGCACAACGCAAACCCUUUCCCUUCCCGCUCCUCUAUUUAAGGCCGCCCCCACCCUCGCCUCCGCUGCCACGCCCACGCAGCCCAGCCACAAACCAACCCGCCGCCGUCCCCCACGUCCGCCGCCGUCCAGGAAGGAAGGCGGGCAGCCGGGCAGGGAAGGAAGCUCCCCCUCUUCCCUUCCCCUCCCUUGAAGGAGCCCUCCGUACUCUUCCCGGACGCUCGGCCCCUCCCCCGCCAUCCGGGUUGUUGUCCCUCCGGGCAGGCAUCACGGCUGCCGCGGCGGAGCCCGGGCGCGGCGCCCCCGCUGCGCAGGUGGAGCCGCACGGCGGACGCGGCGCACUCCCCUCCGCCGGGGGCAGCCCCUCCGACCUCCUCUUCCUCGCCGGCGGCGGUCGCCUCCUCCUCCUCCUCGCCUGA